AUGGGGCUGAGGGCCUGGCUGAGGAUCGUGUGCUGCUGCUGCUGCCCGUGCAGGUGCCUGGAGGAGCCCGCCGUGCCCGAGAAGGAGCCCCUGGUCAGUGAUAACAAUCCAUAUUCUUACUUUGGAGCCACGCUGGCGAGGGAUGAUGAAAAGAAUCUGUGGAGUGUGCCUCACGAUGUGUCCCACACAGAGGCAGACGACGACAGGAUUCUCUACAAUUUGAUCGUUGUUCGUAAUCAACAGGCCAAAGAUUCAGAGGAGUGGCAAAAACUCAACUACGAUAUCUACACCCUGCGACAGAUUCGAAGGGAAGUGAGAAAUAGAUGGAAACGCAUUUUAGAAGAUUUAGGUUUUCAAAAGGAAGCAGACUCUUUGUUGUCAGUGACAAAACUCAGCACCAUCAGUGAUUCUAAAAACACAAGGGAAGCUCGGGAGAUAUUGUUGAGACUGGCUGAAGAGACCAGUAUUUUCCCAACCAGUUGGGAGCUUUCGGAGAGAUAUCUCUUUGUUGUGGACCGUCUCAUUGCACUCGAUGCUGCAGAAGAAUUCUUUAAAAUUGCCAGUCAAACGUACCCCAAGAAGCCUGGGGUCCCAUGCCAGGCAGAUGGCCAGAAAGAACUGCACUACCUUCCCUUUCCAAGUCCCUAAGGGAGAGGCUACGAGGCAGAAUGGGAUUUCUCUUACUGGAACUCAACAGCCUACCAGAGUUGGACAGAUGCGUGUCAAAGAGAAUGGGCAAGAAGAGGCUAGCUAAGAGAAAAAGCAUUCUGAGUCCUACAAAAGUCUAAGCGUUUGGAUAUCUGCUCAUCAUGAGGACUUGACUAUAUGAAAGUUGAGGCUGCGUUGGAACGCCCUGGUGAUCUUGCAUCAGAGAGUUGGUCAGUGGGAUAUUUCAUCAUGGGUGAUUAGAUUCCAAGAACCCAUUGCCCCCAUUUUGGUUUUGGUUGUACAAUAAGCUGUAGCCACUAAUCCUACUGGGAGAAUAGGAUGUUCUAGUUAAUAAGAUUAAUAGAGCUAUCAUUGAGCCCAAAUAUGGAUUACCAAUUUUUAAAUAAUUGUUAUAUAAUAUAGGCUAACACCAAAAUAAUACCAGGCGUGACAAGACCUUUCUUUGAUUUGGAAGCACCUACAGAACCUUGGAGGUGUUGGAGGCAUCAUUUUGAGAUCAUUCAGAUUGUUUAGAUAUACGAAAUGAGAGAACUAUCUAGGAGUGCCGCUCAGAAGUGAAUCCUAAAUAGAAUGCUCCCAAGCAGAACUUCCUG